UACAAAAUAUUCUUAGUGAUUUUAAUGCACCUCAGUCUGUGUGAUUGGAAGAGCGGAGAGAGCUUUGUCCUAGAGAACGUAUUUCCUUAAAGAACAAUGCACCCUUAGGAAGAGAGUUACAGCUGAGGCAAGUUGGAUUUUAAUUAUCUGCAGCAGAUCGUAACAGAAAUAGUGGGCCACCUAGUUAAUUUGGCAAUUAAGACGAAAACAAAUUUCGAAAAUGGUUUCUGCUGGUUUGGAGAUCCUUGGUUUAACGCUGUGCAUCCUUGGCUCGUUUCUUGUUAUGGUGACAUGCGGUUUACCCAUGUGGAAAGUUACGGCUUUUAUCGAGAGCAAUAUCGUCGUCGCCCAGACCUUAUGGGAAGGACUAUGGAUGUCCUGUGUGGUGCAAAGUACAGGGCAAAUGCAGUGCAAGAUACACGACUCCCUGCUCGCUCUCAGCAACGACGUGCAGACGGCGCGAGCCCUCACUGUCAUCUCCGCAUUAAUGGGCGUUUUGGGGUUGAUGGUAACCAUCGCUGGCGCUCAGUGCACCAACUGCAUAAAAACUGAGACGGUGAAAACUAGGGUGGUGAACGCCGGAGGGGUGAUCUACAUAAUCAGUGGUAUGUUCGUCCUGGUUCCCUUGUGUUGGACGGCUAACAGGAUCAUUUCUGACUUCUACAACCCUAACGUACCAAUAGGGCAAAAACGAGAGAUUGGAGCCUCACUUUACAUCGGAUGGGCAGCGACUGCGCUCCUGCUACUCGGCGGCGCGAUAUUAUGCUGCUCUUGUCCAUCGUCCGGGAGCGCGUCUUACUCGGUCAAAUACGCCCCGACAAAAAGAGGCACAUCCAACGGAGACUAUGACAAAAGGAAUUACGUGUAACUUUCCCAAAACGACAGCUGUCUCCCUUCUGAUUUAAAACUUUGGGAAAGCAAGUUUUUGAACUUUUUUUUUUUUUUUUUGCACUUGUAACUUCAAAACGAAAUGCUUAGUAUGAACGACAUCGUUGGAAAUGGAACUGACUCGUCUGAACAAAAAUGCAUAAAUUUGGAAUUUUUUUUUUUGUAGUUUUUUUUUUUCUUACAUUAUAAGGAUAAUGUAACGUAGAAAAGUAUAAUAGGUACAUGCGUUUCGAUUUGCAGAGCAAAGAUCUGGCAUGUUCAUGAAUCAAUCUAAUUUGUUAUAUGGCUGUUGUAUUUUUAAAUGUUUACCAUAACACAAACUGUUCUGGACCGAGGAAGUAUUGAAAAUAUGUUCUCUAUUUGUGUUUUUAAAAACGUAAUCUAAGAAAUGUAUAAAUAGAUAAACUCAUAUACCUGAACUAUUUUGCGCUUUUGGUAAUAGCUUGUUUUCAUAAGUGUUCGUUUAAAUGUUGCAUUUUUUUUUCUGUCAUCCGAUAUUUCUCAAGUUGGCUAAAAAAUUUCCAAUACCAGUUGUGGUGAAUGGAACAAUUCUAAUACGGACAUAUAGUGAAAAUUAAACAUAAUCUCGGUUAUGCUGAAAACAUUGCACAAUGUAUAGCUUGGCUGUAUUUGCUUUUCAAGUAGAAGGUAGAAAAUCGUAGUUUUAUUGUUUGGAUUGUACACCACAUCUCACCAAAUAUUUAGUAAGAAGAAUCAAAGCUCAGUUUUUCAAAGGGCACGGCUCGUAUUUGUAGCUUUGCUAGAUAUUUACAAACCACAUCUCCUGCACCAAAAUAUUUUUGUAUAUAUACCCAAACCAAUUCUGUACUUUGAAGUCAUUGAGUUGUUAUAUUUUUAAAACGAAAGUAUAAUAAACAGUUUAUAAUUA